CCAACCUCUACAACAAACAGCUGCUAUAAUCAACUUCUUGGCUUAGCUUGUUGCUAGUUAAAAAGCUUGUGGCACGAUAAAGCUUCACUGUGAAGCUUAUAUCUUGUUUAACUCUCGUGCAUACAACAACGUUUGCUCGGACGCUAAAUCGUGCGUGUCGGUUUUCUGUGUUUUCAAGCGGGGCAUAUACAUACACAGAAAUUGUUUUCAGAGCCGCAACGCCGUCAUCUUAAGCUCACAGAAGUAAAUAAAAAUCGGCAUAUCUUAAAUUAAAACAACAAAUAUAUAUUAUAUUUAGUUGGUGUAUUAACUAUUGAGCGGUAUUUGUUGAGAUUAUUGUGCCACAAUCUUGAGACAAUAGAUUUUUUUAAAUAACAAUAAUUUAGUUAAAUCUGAUUCAAAAGAAACAAUUGUGAAACUAUUUAAGUUUUGGCCUCAAAGACCUAAAUUGACAAUCGAUAAAGGCAGCAUAAGAAACUCAACGGACAAACACCCCCGCUCCAAAGUCGCAACUGCAGUCAAACACCCUCGGACCAAGAAAACGCAAAUCUCUGCAGCGGUUACGCCAACGCAACAGCAGCCGUGCAAUUGGAAUCUGAUUGGAGUGUUCAUACGGCGUCUGACCAUAAAAUAAAUAAAAUCAGUGUGCUUGCAGUUUAUUAUUAUUGUGUUGAUCCAUUCGCUCAUCGGCGGUCGCAAUUAUGGUGGAAUUCCGUUUCGAUAUUAAGCCGCUGUUUCCGCAGCCAAUUAUAAAAGUGGCAUCGAAUCUACUGCCGCACACCUUUCGAGGGGAUCGGCGUCAGUGCUUAGAUGCCACCUCAAAGAUGUCCGAGAUAAUUGAUCGAUUAGGUCAGUUGUCGGCCAUAUCGCAGGGCCUGAACAAGCCAGUAACAACGGCCCAACGCCUGCGUAUGUCGGAGAACCAGACCAUUUAUCUAUUAGCGGACACUGAGGCAGGCCACAACGGCGCUGUCAUUGGCCUGCUCAAGGUCGGCACUAAGGAUCUCUACUUGUUCGACGAGAAGGGUCAGACUCGCAAGAUGGAGCAGUCGCCCUCAAUCCUGGACUUUUACGUGCACGAGUCACGUCAGCGUGCAGGAUUGGGCAAGCGCCUGUUCGAGACCAUGUUGAAUGAGGAGCAAUGGACACCAGUGAAAUGUUCCGUAGAUCGGCCGUCCGAGAAGUUGCUCGCAUUUCUGAGAAAGCACUACGGCCUGGUACGCACCAUACCGCAGGCAAAUAAUUUCGUACUCUAUGAGGGAUUUUUCGGGGACGAUGCUAGUCAGAAUGGCUCACGUAAUGGACAUGCCGCAUCGCCGGAGCGCACCAAGAACGGGCUGCACAUUACAAACAGUCCUAACACACAACUCUUUGGGGCCACUUACUUGGGCGACGAGACGUCCAAGCAAAAGCGUUUCGGUAGGCGUGGCAGCGAGUCACAGCAACACCAGCAACAGCAACAACAGCAGCAGGCGGCACUGCUGCAGCAAAUAACACAGAUCUCACCCAAUGGACGUUACGGCGCACCGCGACCCACAUGCAGCAUGGCCGAGAUAAUUCAUGCUGGCAGCGCUAGUUCCGGCAAGGGCGGCGGUGGAGGCAGCGCAGAGUCUAACAGAGGCAACGAGAUUGCAGAAAUUGCUGAACAAUUGCAAAUGCAGCAUUUGCAGACGGUUGAAAACCAUAUCGAAUACGAAUUGGAGCAGGAGCAGGAGCCAGAUCCGGAGCCUGAACCAGAGCCCGAGCCAGAGGAGGUGAUCACUCCACCAACACCACCUCCCAAGAGUAAAACCCCAACUCCACCCACAGUGCGCUCGCCAGAGGUCGCCGAAAGCAUUAUUGGGGAUAAUCGUAGGGCACCGGCUUUUCAGCUGAGCAAGCAGCACACUGGUAUGAAGAAUCGCUCUUUUGGCGUGGGCAUGGCCGUUAUGCCAACCGGCAAGAUGGAGUUCAAUCAAGAGGAGCGCGAAGAUUUUGGUAUAGUGAAGAUCAAUCGUCCUCUGGGCAAUGAAGUCACUUCGCCCGCCCAGGAUAACACAGAUGCCAUGUCCACAGUGUCAUCAACUGGCGGCUUGACCGAUCAGGGCUAUAACGAUCUAAAAUUCUAUCACAAUAAAUUGUGGUAAACACUUCUACAUGAAAUAUCAGUCAGCAUAGAUUUGCAAGCAAUAUUUGCUAAUAUGUUUACAUUUUUUUUACUUGUCAU